AUGGCCCGUGAUAUAUGUACCUUGGACAAUGUUUAUGCCAACAAUCUGGGUAUGCUGAUUAAAUUGGCUAAUGUAACAGUUCCAGAUAUAUACGAGGAUGCAUUUUUCACUGAGUUAUUCGCAGAAGAUACCUCAAUGACAAAAAAUAAAAAGGCAAACUCAAAAAAAGACGUACGUUUCACACAGCUGGCUUAUUACAGUGAAAUCCCAGUUGGUGGUCUGGUGGCUAAGCUAGUUCCUAAGAAACAAAACGAGCUAUCUUUAAAGGGUAUUCAAAUUGAGUUUUUGGGUGUGUUGCCUAAUUACAGAGAUAAAUCCAUUGGCUCUAAAUUAUUGAAGUUCGCAGAAGACAAGUGCUCGGAAUGUCAUCAACACAAUGUGUUCGUUUAUAUACCGGCACUAGAUAACUCUGCCAAGGAAUGGUUCAUAGCUCAUGGAUUCGAACAACAUGGCGACGUUUUUAACAAUUUCAUAAAACGUGUAAAUGGCGGCGAGCAAGAUGCCAUUCUAUUGAAAAAGCAUAUUUCUUAA